GCAAUCUACUGCCAAACAAGAACGCUAUCUCAAAUCUACCUCUGCUACAUAUCUCAUCUCUACCAUGCUCAACAACCAGACGUCCUCCACCGACGAUGCAUCCUCGAUCAGCAACCAGCCACUCAUUCCUAAGGCGUCGGAGCCAAAGGACUAUGAGGCAGCAGCAGCAGCUCUCAUGACAAGCUACGGGCUGCCUGGCGGUAUGCAACCCACGCCUAUUCCUUCUAAGAAGGAAAAGAAGAAGAAGGGGACUGAAGGAGGUACAUCCAACAAGUCGGAUGGAACUGCUAAUAACAAGGCCGGACAGUCGAGCACAGCGUCCUCUGCUGACGCUACGACUAAGGAAUAAACUAUGUGGGACUAUGUAUGCUGUCUCGCAGAAUCAGGGGGCAAUAGCCUGCCUAGGCCUUAGAAAUGUAAUUAUUGACAGAGAAUG